AUGGCCGAGGACCAGAUGCGAAUCACUAACGGGAUUUCCCUUCAAACUCCCACAUUCGAUAGCCGCCAAGAUGGCCUUGGAAUAGGCAACGCCGCACCUAAAAUAUCUUGGCGAUUCUUGUACAAUGAUCUCAGCGUCAGAGGCUGGCGGCAAGAGAGCUAUGAGAUUGAAGUUGAAUGUCGGGAUACUGUGGAAACAUAUCGUGUGCAGUCCCCUGAAUCGGUCCGAGUGCCAUGGCCCAGCUCACCUUUGAGCUCCCGAGAAAGAGCCACCAUUCGCGUCAGGUCAAUAGGAGUCUCUCAAGAUGUCAAAGAUCUCACUGCAACUGAAUGGUCGGAUUGGGCUUCAGUUGAGGCGGGCUUACUCGAAAGGAAAGAAUGGCGUGCUCAGCUGAUCACAGGCCAGCAAGAAAUAUCUCUUGAAAAGCCAAUCCGACCUCUUUUGCUAAGGCGUUCAUUCGGAAUCUCCAAUAUCUGCCCAAAGAUUAGCCAAGCACGUCUAUAUGUUACUGCGCAGGGGGUUUAUCAUAUUUAUCUUAAUGGGAAUCGCGUGGGUGACCAUUUCAUGGCACCAGGUUUCACUUCAUAUCGAUUUCGGUUUUCCUACCAAGUAUUCGACGUGACAAAUCUAAUCCAGAACGGCUCAAAGAACGUUCUUGCUGCAGAAGUUGGUGAGGGGUGGUAUGCCUCAAGUCUGUGGAGAGAAGGUCGGCAAAUAUAUGGCAAGGACAUGGGGUUGAUCGCGCAGUUGGAGAUCGCUUUCGAGGACGACCACGAGCCCCUAAUUGUGACCACGGACGCGGGCUGGGAAUGGAAUACUGGUCCCAUGUUGGCUAGCGAGAUCUAUGAUGGGGAGACUUAUGAUAUGGCACAGGAACAGCCAGGUUGGAAGACUGGUGCUCAGGCUCAACCAGGCACGCGGUGGACCAAAGUCACCGUCUUGCCCCUCCCUGCUGCCACAUUCUCAGCGCCAGAUGGGCCUCCUGUUCGUGCAACACAAGAGAUCUCCCCACAGAGAAUCUUCAAAUCCCCUUCUGGAAAACUACUGAUUGAUUUUGGACAAAACUUGGUGGGAAAAGUAGAUGUUCGCGGAUUGCACAAGCCAACUGGGCAUCGGGUGAUCUUCCAACAUGCCGAAGUUCUAGAGCAUAAGGAAAUCUGCAUGCGUCCACUUCGCGCCGCAAAAUGUACGGAUGUUAUCGUAUGCUCAGGUGGAGAGCUACAGAGUUGGUCUCCUAGCUUCACAUUCCAUGGUUUCCGGUUCGUUCAGGUGGAUGGGUGGUCUCCAGAAGAUGAAUUUUGUCCGCUACGCGAGGAAAAUAUCGCAGCGAUCGUCUUGCACAGUGACAUGAAGCAAACAGGCUGGUUCUCUUGCUCCGAGGAGCAGAUAAACAGACUCCAUGAAAAUUCCAUUUGGAGUAUGCGUGGCAAUUUUCUUUCUAUCCCAACAGAUUGCCCUCAACGCGAUGAACGCCUCGGCUGGACGGGUGACAUUCAAGUUUUCAGUCCUUCCGCGAACUUUCUAUACGAUACCGAUGGUAUGCUUGCAGACUGGCUUGUGGACCUCGCACUGGAGCAGAAUGAGGACAAUGGCGUCCCUCCAAUGAUAGUACCCAACGUGCAAUUUGCGAAAGAGUCACGGCCACCGCAGGCUGUUUGGGGGGACGCCUCCAUCCUGGUCCCAUGGGCCUUAUAUACAUGGUUCGGAGACAAAGAAAUACUCUCACGACAAUACCAAAGUAUGAGAUCUUGGCUAGACAGAGGUUGCUCUCGUGGUGAGGAUGGGCUGUGGACGACGUCGCUUUGGCAACACGGGGACUGGUUGGACCCAUCAGCCCCGCCUGAAGAUCCUGGAAAUGGUCAAACAGACGGCGUCUACGUGGCCGACGCAUACUUGGUAUAUGUGACGGGAAUUAUAAGCCAAGUAGCAACGAUUCUUGGAUGCUCUGAUGAUGCAAGAAAAUACUCCGAUGAUCAUGUUCGCCUCAAAAAGGUCUUCCAAGAGAAAUAUAUUACCCCGAAAGGGAUGGUCAUGUGCGACACUCAAACCUCCUUAUCACUGGCAUUAGUAUUCUCGCUAUUUGCGUCGAAAGACCAGAUCAAGAAUGCCGGGGAGCGAUUAGCUCGAAAAGUGCGCUUUGCUAAAUUCCGUGUUGCCACUGGAUUUGCCGGGACACCCAUCGUCACACAUGCGCUGAGCCGGACUGGUUGGCACCAGCUUUCAUACAGAAUGCUACUGGAGACCAGUUGCCCGUCAUGGCUCUAUCCAGUCACAAUGGGAGCUACCACAACCUGGGAACGGUGGAACAGUAUGCUUCCAGAUGGCAAAGUCAAUUCAGGCCAGAUGACCAGCUUUAAUCACUAUGCGCUAGGUUCUGUCAGCAACUGGCUUCAUGAAUACGUUGGAGGUAUCAGUCUUAUUGAGCCUGGUUGGAAGAUCUUCAAAGUUCAGCCAAUUCCGGGCGGGACUAUCCGUAGCGCCGAUAUCCAAUAUGAAAGUCCGUAUGGCUUGGUCAAAUGUUCAUGGAGUCUGGAUGAUGAUUCGGUUUUUUCUAUGAAGGUUCAAAUUCCUCCCAACUGUUCUGCACUGGUCUUUAUGCCAGAGAUGGAGGUCCAGCCGAAAGAUCGGCAAGGAACAGUCUUUGGCUCUGGAAUUUACGACCUAUCUUGUCACUUUCAUGCUGGUACAUGGCCCCCGACUCCACUCGAAACCUUAUUUAAGCCACCUGCACGAAAGGCAACGAGUUGA